UGUCUCUUCUUUCAUCCUAAAUUUUAUCUCCAUUCCUCUUCAUUUCAACUCCAUCAUGUCUACUGAACCUACAUUCAACAGAGCUGCUCUUGAGCAGUUGCUCGGAAAACGCUUCUUCUACGCCCCAGCCUUCUCAGUUUAUGGAGGCGUUGCUGGUCUUUACGACUAUGGUCCUCCAGGUUGUGCUCUUCAGGCGAAUGUGCUCGAGAUCUGGCGCAAGCACUUUGUGCUUGAGGAAGACAUGCUUGAGGUUGAUUGUUCGAUCAUGACACCAGCAGAGGUUCUUAAGACUUCAGGUCACGUAGAUCGUUUCUCGGACUGGAUGUGUAAAGAUCUCAAGACAGGCGAGAUUUUCCGUGCUGAUCACUUGGUCGAAAACGUCCUUGAAGCCCGUCUGGAUGGUGAUAAGAUUGCUCGCAAUGCUCCUGUUGAGACUAAGGCUGAUAAGGAUGAAAAGAAGAAAAAGAAGGCUGCCAAAGUCACGGCUGUCCGUCUUGAAGAUUCCACAGUCCAGACCUACAAGGAGAUCCUUGCUCAGAUCGACAACUAUUCUGGUCCAGAACUCGGUGAACUCAUGCGCACACAUCAGAUCAAAUCACCUGAAACCGGUAACGACCUUUCUGAGCCUGUUGUCUUCAACCUCAUGUUCGCCAGCAGCAUUGGACCCACUGGCCAAUUCCCCGGCUUCUUGCGCCCUGAGACUGCUCAAGGACAGUUCUUGAACUUUAAGAGACUUCUCGAAUUCAACAACGAUCGCAUGCCCUUUGCUUCUGCUCAAAUCGGUCGUUCAUUCCGUAAUGAGAUCUCCCCUCGCGAAGGUCUCUUGCGUGUUAGAGAAUUCACGAUGGCAGAGAUUGAGCACUAUGUUGAUCCCACAAAGAAAGACCACGCUCGUUUCCACGAGGUUGCGGAUUACAAGUUGAGGAUUCUUCCCGCAUCUGUUCAGCUCCAGGGCAAGACCGAGCUUCUGGAGAUAUCUGUAGGCGAGGCAGUGGAGAAGAAAAUAAUCGACAACCAGACAUUGGGUUAUUUCUUGGUUCGCAUUCACCUGUUCCUGACUAAGAUCGGUAUCAAUCCCGAUCGUAUUCGUUUCCGCCAGCAUAUGAAGAACGAGAUGGCUCACUACGCCUGCGACUGUUGGGAUGCAGAGAUCCACACAUCGUAUGGCUGGAAGGAAUGUGUGGGUUGUGCUGACCGCUCAGCCUAUGAUCUGACUGUUCACUCAAACAAGACUGGCGAGAAGCUGGUUGUCCGUGAGCGUCUGCCUGAGCCUCUUGUAGAGGAGAAGCUGCAACUGGAGAUCAAUAAGAAGGUCUUUGGCCCUCGUUUUAAGAAAGAUGCUAAGGCUGUUGAGGAAUACUUGGCUUCAUUGGACGAAUGCACUUUGGAAGAACUCAAGAAGAAGCACGAUAGCGAUGGUACCUUCUCAGUUAAUGUCAACAAUACAUCUUUUGAUAUCACCAAGGACCUUAUCUCCAGUUUUGAAAAGGUUUCUAUCACUACUCACAUCCGCGAAUUCACCCCCAACGUCAUUGAGCCUUCAUUCGGUAUUGGCCGUAUCUUGUAUUGCUUGAUGGAACACGUUUAUUGGAUUCGUCCAGAAGGAGAGGCGCGUGGCGUGUUGUCGUUCCCUCCAGUGGUAGCACCAACCAAGUGUUUGCUUGUUCCUUUGUCAACGAACGAUGUCUUUGUGCCAGUACUGCAAAAGGUCUCUGCGCAGCUCCGCCGCAGCGGCAUCUCUAGUAAGAUUGAUGACUCUGGUGCAUCAAUUGGUCGUCGCUAUGCUCGUAACGACGAGCUUGGCACACCCUUUGGCAUCACAGUCGAUUUCCAGUCAGCUCAAGACAACACAGUUACCCUCCGUGAGCGCGAUUCGACUAAGCAAAUCCGUGAAAAGAUUGAGGUCAUUGUAGAUCUCGUCAAAGAGUUGUGCGAAGGCAAGAUUACUUGGUCAGAGGUCUCUGCCAAGUACCCUGCCUUUGAGUCGCAAGAGGUGAACGAGUAAAAAAAAAUAGUGCAAUAUAAUACA